AGCGAAAGCCGAACGAGUAGAGAAAAAUUAUUGAGCGCAGAGAAAAGUCCACCAAGUCGAACGUCGCAGCAAGUGAAAAGGGCGAAAACCGGAUAAAAAAAUAUAUAAAUUACUGUGAUUGCAAUAUAUAAAUAAGUGCGAUCCAAGAUGAAUGAGGAAUACGAUGCAAUUGUGCUCGGAACGGGCCUUAAGGAGUGCAUCCUAAGCGGGAUGCUGUCCGUGUCCGGCAAGAAGGUGCUGCAUAUUGAUCGGAACAAGUACUACGGCGGCGAGUCCGCCUCGAUAACGCCGCUGGAGGAGCUCUUCCAGCGCUACGGACUGGAGCCGCCUGGCGAACGGUUUGGGCGUGGCCGCGACUGGAACGUGGACCUGAUCCCCAAGUUCCUGAUGGCCAAUGGCCAGCUGGUCAAGCUGCUGAUCCACACGGGCGUCACCCGCUAUCUGGAGUUCAAGUCCAUCGAGGGCAGCUACGUUUACAAGGGUGGCAAGAUUGCCAAGGUGCCGGUGGACCAGAAGGAGGCCCUGGCAUCCGAUCUCAUGGGUAUGUUCGAGAAGCGUCGCUUCCGGAACUUCCUCAUCUACGUGCAGGACUUCCGAGAGGAUGACCCCAAGACCUGGAAGGACUUUGACCCCACCAAGGCCAACAUGCAGGGUCUGUACGACAAGUUCGGACUGGACAAGAACACGCAGGACUUCACCGGCCACGCCCUGGCCCUUUUCCGCGACGAUGAGUAUCUGAACGAGCCGGCCGUGAACACCAUCCGGCGGAUCAAGCUCUACUCCGAUUCGCUGGCGAGGUACGGCAAGUCGCCCUACCUUUAUCCCAUGUACGGCCUGGGUGAGCUGCCCCAGGGAUUCGCACGCCUGUCGGCCAUCUACGGCGGCACCUACAUGCUGGACAAGCCCAUCGACGAGAUCGUCCUCGGCGAGGGCGGCAAGGUGGUGGGAGUGCGCUCCGGCGACGAGGUCGCCAAGUGCAAGCAGGUCUACUGCGAUCCCAGCUACGUGCCCGAGAAGGUGCGCAAGCGUGGCAAGGUGAUUCGCUGCAUUUGCAUUCUAGACCAUCCGGUGGCCAGUACCAAGGAUGGUCUCUCCACGCAGAUUAUCAUUCCACAAAAGCAGGUCGGCCGCAAGUCGGACAUCUAUGUGUCGCUUGUGAGCUCCACUCACCAGGUGGCCGCCAAGGGUUGGUUCGUGGGCAUGGUCUCGACCACCGUUGAGACCGAGAACCCGGAGGUGGAGAUCAAGCCUGGCUUGGACUUGCUGGAGCCGAUCGCACAAAAGUUUGUGACCAUUUCGGACUACUUGGAGCCGAUCGAUGAUGGAUCCGAGUCUCAAAUCUUCAUUUCGGAGUCUUACGAUGCGACCACGCACUUUGAGACUACUUGCCUGGAUGUGUUGAACAUAUUCAAGCGGGGCACUGGCGAGACGUUCGACUUCUCCAAGAUCAAGCACGAGUUGGGUGACGAGGAGCAGUAAACGGGAAUGAAGGCCUCAUCUGGUAAUGGUGCAUUUGGACAGCUCAACAUCAGCCACAAACAUCGUAGAUCGUCUCAGCGUCGUGGCCAAACCUUAAAGAAAUACCCAAGAUAAGAAAACCCAAAAUAAAAGCCCAAAAAAAAUAAAGAAAACCGAAAAUCCAGAAAUUGUAUUACGAAAAUGCUUUCCAUCGAGAGAUGAAGUUUUAGAUGUGAAACGAAUUGCUUGCUUCGCGCAAUAUUGAAUAUGCCUAGAAAAUAUAUAUAUAUACCAAUAUAACAUAAAUUAUACAACAUGCAGUCGCGUAUAUAUGUACGUCUAUAUAAAUGUAUAACUAAGUGAGUGUUAGGCAACUAAAUCAAAUUCGAGCAAAAGCGCUAGACUCGACCAACACUCUCCCAUUUCGCCGAUUGGCCAGUCAGUCAGACGAUUACGCUUGGACUUUAGUUGUACGAGUAUAUAAUAAAGUAUAUAUAUAUAAAAUAUGACAUCGUA